AUGAGGUUACUGGAGUCGAACCUUCUUGUCGAUGAAGAUUUCUCACCUAAGGUGAGCUGUUCCAAGAGAAGGCGUCUCGUGUUUUAUUCAAGUGAUGAUGAAAAUGAGAAUUCCCCUCGUGAUGUAUCCGAUAUUCCUCAGGAGAAAUCGCUUACGAAUUUGUAUUCAUGUCCAAGUAAAAGAUUUGCCAGAGACGUAACAAAUUCACCGAAACUCUCCUCUUCGUCGGCGAGAUCAAAAUGCUCUUCGGUGGUCUCCAUGAAAAAGCGUUUUUUAGAAACAUCAUCAAACGACUUGUUCAACACUUCUGCUGUGGACUCAUGCUUCACAAUGGAUCCAGUUGAUGGAAGUAGGAGUUUUGCCUGGCCGCACCUCACUUAUCCAUUUUUGCUACCUGACCGAAUUCAAGACGCGUGUGGACAUCGUCCUGCCCAUCCUGAUUACGAUCCGAGAACUCUACUCGUCCCAGAGGACUUCCUUCGGAAGCAGUCACCUGCUCUGCGGCAGUGGUGGAUUCUCAAGUCUCAGAAUUUUGAUACUUUGUUGUUCUUCAAAAUGGGGAAAUUCUAUGAACUCUAUCACAUGGAUGCUGUCAUUGCUGUAGAAGAACUCAAGUUGACUUAUAUGAAAGGAGAAUUUGCACACUCCGGAUUUCCAGAGAUUGCCUUUCAGCGAAUGGCAGAUCAUCUCCUCCAUCGUGGUUACAAAGUGGCCCGAGUGGAACAAACUGAGACACCGGAAGCCAUGACCAAGCGGACAAGUGGUCGCUCAGGCGUAGACAGGGUUGUCCGUCGGGAAAUCUGCCAGGUUAUCACUCCUGGUACCUGGUUUGCGCCUCUGCGUAAUGGGAUUUCUUCAGAUAACGCUCUUGAUGUAUCUUGUGCAACAUCCUCUUCCCAGCCUAUUAGUCACUCAGAAAUGGAGACCGAUCUCAUGUUCAAUCGUUAUCUUCUAGUGAUUCUCGAGGGGUCAGGUAACGAAAAAUCAGAGACUCAGCUCGGCAUCGCCCUUCUAAAAGCAGCUACUGGAGAAAUUAUGUUAAGUUACCCCCGCUUUUUUCUGCGAGGCAUUUCAGCAUUUGGUCUAAUUCUGCAUUUAACCAGUGCGUUCUUGAUUGGUCAGUUCUCAGACGAUAUCCACUACUCUCGAAUGUGCACAAUAGUCGCCCACUUUCCCCCAUCCCAGAUCCUCUUCGAACGCGGCAAUCUGAGCAAUAAGCUGCGAAGGAUGCUGAAGGCGCGUUUGCCGAGUGUGCCAUUCGAAGGGCUGGCGGGAGGAAAGCAGUUCCUCUCGGCCCAUGAGACUAUCUGUGCGUUGGAAUCGGCUGACUACUUCACCCUCGCCCCGAGUCAGCGCGCGUCCUCCGCGGGCACCGCUCCCUCGCACCUCUCCAAGGUCGACUGCUGGCCUGCCGACCUCCUCCGAAUGCUUGAUCCCGUCGAUACGCUGGAGAGGAAUGUUCUACCAGGGUACGAAUUGGCAGUUCGGUGCCUCGGGGCAGUAGUGUUUUACCUGCGCUACUGCCUCACCGACACGGAGAUCCUCUCUCUGGGUCUUAUCCACGAGUAUCGCCCUGCAGAUGUCUCCUCAGCGCUCGUUCUUGGCCAACCCUUCUAUGAGCGUCAGGUCAACAUGGUUCUUGAUAGCGUAACUAUGGAGAAUCUCGAAAUCCUAACAAACAACUUCAAUGGAACACUAGAGGGCACUCUCCUUGAGAGGCUGGACUCAUGUUGUACACCGUUCGGUCGACGUCUGUUGAGAACGUGGGUAGUGAGCCCACCCUGUCACCCUAACUCUAUAACUAAGCGUCAAGACGCCAUUCAGGAACUGAUGGACUUGUCCCCCCAGCUGCAGAGUGUUCGUGAUGCUCUUCGACGUCUGCCAGAUCUUGAGCGACUUCUUACAAAAAUCCACAUAAUGGGAUGGAACGCCACUAGACCUGAUCAUCCGGAGUCCCGAGCUAUUGUGGUCGAUGAGACUAUCUAUUCGAAAAGGAAAAUUAUGGAUUUUCUCCUCGCCCUAUGUGGGUUCAAGUCGGCCAUUCUCAUCAUUAAGGACUUCUCGCGAUUCGGCGUCAAAUCUGAGCUCUUGCGUUUCCUUGCCUCCCUGCGUGAAGAGGGUGGAGCUUUUCCCAAUUAUAGUGAGGAACUUUCAUUAUUUGACAAAGCAUUUGAUCAUGAAAAGGCCAAACGCGAUGGCUGCAUUGUUGUGGAGCCGGGUUUCGACCCCGAGUUCGAUAAAGCCUGCGAAGGCCUUGAGAGAGCAGAAAUGGAUAUGGAAGAUUUCUUAGCUGAACAGAGUGACCUGAUUGGCUGUCAGCUGACCUACACGGGGACGGGGAAGAACCGUUUUCAGAUAGAGGUGCCAGAGACGUGCAUGGAUCGAGUGCCUCAUGCCUGGGAGGCAACGGGCCAGCGAAAGGGCUUUCGUCGCUUUCGUCCACCCCCCAUCAAGGAGCUCUUCGCACGCCUCGUUAUUGCCGAAGACGCCAAGCAGGAGAGCAUGCAGGGCAUCAUGCGUCGUCUCUUUGCCUCCUUUAGCUCCAGCUACUCCAACUGGCAGGCGGCCAUCAGGUGCAUUGCAGAACUGGAUUGCCUCAUCUCUCUCGCCAACUACAGCAUCUCCGCUGCCGCAAUCACCUGUCGUCCGGAAUUCUACCCUCUUGAUCCUGGAACUAAGCCAUUUCUGGAGAUUGAAGGCGGUUACCAUCCGUGUCUAGUGAGAAGCUUUUCCGGUGGCGAGAUCACUCCCAAUGACGUUCAGUUGGGUCCCAUUCUGGGCCAGGAGAAGGCCACCUCGACGGGCUUCAAGGUGGGCGUCACGACUCUUCUCAUCACUGGACCCAAUAUGGGCGGCAAAUCUACUCUCAUGCGUCAGACCGCACUUCUGGUCAUUCUCGCCCACCUGAUACCGGCUACGAGUUGUCGUCUGACGCCAGUCGACAGGGUGUUCACGCGAAUCGGAGCAUCGGAUCGGUUGAUAUCGGGUCAAAGCACGUUCUUUGUGGAGCUGGCAGAGACGGCCGUGAUCCUCAAUCACGCGACGGCGCACAGCCUUGUACUGAUGGAUGAGUUGGGCCGCGGUACCUCGACCCGAGACGGUUCCGCCCUGGCCUCUGCCGUCCUCCGCUAUCUCACCACAGCACGCCCUUCUGGUCCGCUAAGCCUCUUCUCUACUCACUACCACAACCUCGUCGAGGUGCUGCAGAAAUCCCGGACCGGUGCCUCCCUCGAGGCUCUCGACAUCGGGCACAUGGCAUGUUUAGUCGGCGAUGGAGGGUUGGAGGAGCAGCCGGCAGAAGCGGAGGCGGGUAGCGACACGCAGAAGAUCACCUUCCUCUACAAGCUCGUUCCCUCGGCAUGUCCCAAAAGCUACGGUUUUAAUGUCGCUCGCUUGGCACAAAUUCCAGACGAAGUAAUUAAUAAGGGCGUAAUCAUGGCCAGAGAGUUUGAGAAGGCGACGUUGGUUUUCUCGUGUCUGCGGGAUAUUUUGUCGAGAAAAAUGGAUCAUGAUCAGGCUCAACUUUGGCGCUUACGAUUGGCAAAUUUGAGUCGCGAAAAGAUGCGCGGAACCUAG